AUGAGCUUUCUCAGGCCAGGUAUAGGGCCUUCUACUAAAACUCCUCCAACCACAGCUUCCAAUCCUCACGCGCGCCUGGUAUUUCAUCCAGCUUUGGGGACUCAAGAUAGUGUAUUGACCUUCAGAAUCCUGCGCUUUCUGCGACCAGUACCACCAGGAGCUCGACCUACGAAGCUGCUGGCAUACCUGUGUCGACCAAAUCUGCGAACACGGAUAUUUGUCCCAAUAUCCAAGCAAGCUGAUGAUGAACCGCUUCCACUGUACCUCGAUCUCCAUGGCGGAGGGCAUGCCUUGAUGUUUGCGGAAUUUGAUGACGAGAUCUGUGCUACGAUUGCGAAUCGUUUCAAUGUUAUCGUUGUGGGCAUUGAAUAUAGCCUGACCCCAUCGAAUAGAUUUCCGGCACUGACAAACGAUGUUGUCGCCGUUGCACAAGCCACAACUGACAACCCCGAUCUCAAUAUUGACAAGUCGCGUAUAGUAUUGGGAGGUUUCAGUGCAGGAGGAAAUUUGGCUUUCUCUGCCGCUCAGGUCCCUCAAUUGCGGGAGAAACUGAAGGGAGUGGUAGCUUGGUAUCCGGUCAUGGACUUCACGCUCACACCGGACGAGAAGAAAGCCUCGCGACCCUAUCGUAAUGCAAAGGACUUGGAUGAUCUACCGGAUUUUGGACCAGUAUUCGAGCGUAAGGACGAUAUCCCCAAAUGGAUAUAUAUAAUCGGGGCAGAGUACGACAUGCUAGCCAAGGAGGCCAGGGGUACAGUUUUUGACCUUGCCGGGCUGAAUGAACAGGAACGGGAAGAAGGAAUGUAUGGUUUCGAAAAGGAUAGCUAUAAGUGGACACUGGUAAAGGAUGUUCGGCAUGGCUUCACUCACGGCAUGAUGGACGGCAAAGGACCUGAUGCCGACGCUAUCCGGAAGCUUCGAAUGGAUGAAAUACUAGAGCAGGUGGGUGAGUGGCUUUUCAAAAGGCCGUUUUCCAAAAAUUGA